CUGUGAAAAUCAUUUUCAAAUUGUUCGUGAAGGGGGGUGGAUGACGUUUUCAAUAACCUGUGACCUACUCAAGCUACUUGGUGUUGUUUUUUGAUUCAUGCUUCUAAUUAAUAGUGAUUAUUUACGUUACUGUGUAUUAUAAUUGCCUUCAUUAUCGUAUUUAAGGCGCGUGUGGAUUAAAAAUAAACUUCAAUUACAUAUUUGCAACCAGAUAAAUGCACUUUGUGAACUUUUUCGCGCCUAAAGAUUGUGUAAAAAUAAUAAAGUUUGCUAAAUUAAGUGUUAAACCAAUGUGUAUAUAAUGUGUGUGCGAGUUCAUUUAGUAUUCAGGUAGAUUUCGAAUCGAUGUCGAGACAAAUUUUAGCCCACCCUCCUAUAGCGACUAAAGUGGGGUCCCCCGCCCUGCUUAGGGGAAGUAAGGGCAGACAAAGGGUAGUCACCCUAUUCGGAGGGGAGCCUUUGGCGGUUGCGAGCGGUAGGGGAAGGGAUUUACUAUUCCAAGUUCUUUUUUUAUUUCGAUAACACGCCGCGCAAGUGUGGGAAACUUUGUGAUUUUUGUUUCCGUUUUGAGAAAGUUUGUAAAGUGUCGUUAAAAAGAAGUUUCCUCCGAUGUCCGUUGCAAAUCCUUCACUACAAGAUCCAGACUCAAUGGAGUUGAUGUUAAAAAAGGCUCUAAUAGCGAAGGGCAAGUUGGCAACAGUGUCAAAUAUUGAUGGGCUGAUACAGUUCACAUGCAUGGAAUGUUCAGCUCAGUAUGAUGACAAGGAGAAGCUAGAGUUGCACCUUUACUCACAUUACCAUUCAUAUAGAUACGUUUGUGGUGUCUGUGGCACUGGUCUAAAACGCAAGGAACAUUUGGAUAGACACAUGCAAGAACAUUCAGAGUACCGUCCUCACAUCUGCCCCGACUGCGGCAAGGCGUUCAAGAGGAAAGAGCACCUCAAUAUACAUACAGCCAUACACAAAGGGGACAAGGCAUUGUCGUGCACACUUUGUGAUAAAGCAUUCUACCGCAAGGAUCACCUACAAAAGCAUCUUCAAACACACAACAAAUACAUUCUACAAUACAUGGAUCGGAACAACAUAUCGCUAACCGAACCAGAGCUGGACAUCAAGGAGGAGCCAGAAGACUUUGACGAUAUACAGCCAAUUAUCACCAGUGUCCAGGGUGGUGUUGAGUGUGACGCUAUUGUUGAGAUGGACGAGUCAAUGAUACAAGACUUCACGUACGACGCCUCGCGGCCGCACAUAUGCAGCGAGUGUGGGAAGAGUUACAAGAGGAAAGACCACCUGAAGAUCCACAGCUGGACUCACAAGAAGAAGGAGGUACUAUGCGGACAGUGCGGUAAAGCAUUCCACACUGAGGACCAAAUGUUGGUGCACGUGAACCUGGUCCACAUCCGGUCGCACGAGGCGGGCGGCGGCAUCUCGCAGCUCAAGGCGCUGCUCGGAGACCAGAUCGACGUGGAGGUUGUGAAGUCGCCCCAACUCUUGGCGCGGAGGAGUGACCCCACGUUGGACGACGCGACCAGGCCCCACGAGUGCCCGAUAUGCCACCGCAAGUUCAAGAGGAAACAGCACCUCAAAGUUCACGCCAACGUCCACCUCAAACAGCCUCACACCAUCUGGUGCGCGAGGUGUAAUGAAGGUUUCACUACAAACGAGCAAUUUGAAAUUCAUAGUUGUCACUGGAUCAAGCGUGACCCCAGUGAGAAUGGUGAGAACGGCGAGAAUGGUGAGGACGGCGAGUUCGAACUGGCGCAAGGCAGUCCACCGCUCGAGGCUAAGAAGGAAAAUAAUCCCUUGGAAUUUGUCGAGGUUGUCGUGGACGAACCGUCAUCAGAUAUAUUGUAUGAUCCCGAAGCGCACCUGCCGACGCCGCGCCGCGUGUUCGUUUGCAAGUUCUGUCAGAAGCCCUUCAAACGGAAAGACCACUACAAGAUCCACCUCCAUGUUCACACUGGCAUCAAGUCCUGCUUCUGUCCCGACUGUGGGAAAGGCUUCUACCGCAAGGACCACCUGCAGAAGCACAUGAUAGUGCACGCGAAGUUCAACGGGCGGGUACGCAACCGACCGCGCAAGGAGCUGCCAGACCUUUUCCCCAUCACCAUGCUGCCCAGGAAGGAGGUCAAGCCCGAAAUCACUAUACGAGCCCCGUCCAAUGCGAAACUUCGAGUACCUUUGCAAAUAAAAGUACCGUACCAGAUGGUGAUGUCCAAUGACAGCGGCGAGCGCACCGUCACCGUCGACCCGCAGACCGGCCACCAGGAGGUCUCGCAGUGACCACUUACCACUUGAUAGGUACAUUGACUUUUAUCAUCAUCACAAUACUGUACUGUAUGAGAUUAGCACGAUCACAAGUUAGCAGUUAUGUUUUUUAACUUCGUAAAGAUGUGUCAACUACAUGUCAAAAGAUGAGAAAAUAGAUAUUGUCGAUUAAUAGCGGCGUAUAUACAGUAUAGCAAUCUUUAUGGCGUCUCGGAAAUAAGCUGCGGGCGUCGCAACGCGCAGGUAACGCGUAUAUAAAGUCAAGUCAUGCCCGGCCGCCGCGCCCCUACGUUACCGCUGAUACCUAAAAUCUUGUACUGCACAGCUUAACGCACGAUGUUCCGAACAUUAGAAAGAUUGUAUCAGACUAUUAAUAGUGCAGGCGUGAUAUCGCAGAAAUAAUCUUACGCUCAUUCGUAGACACUACAUAGCACAAUGUGUAUAUGUGCUAGUGAGCCAGAUUGAAAUAAUUUAGAUUAACAUAAAAUUAUAGAUUUGUACCGUAUUGGUCGUUACGACUCGUUUGGAUACAAGAUUAAUAUCGUACGACAAAUCGGAUCUGUUCCUUGCACUUUGUAAAAGAAAGGCCUUAUGCAGAUUAUCAACUUGUUGAAUAAUACUAUCUCAAUUCGACCGAAAAACAGACGUUGGCUAAGUCGGAAGUCAACCAAAUGAUUAAGUUUAUUAGUUGAAAUGGAAGUGUAAAAUUUAUUAGCUAAUUAAAACACUAUUGAAUUGAAUUAAUUUAUUCUACUCGUAUAAUAAUAACAUUAAAUAAAAACGCAGAAAAGAGAAAUUAAAAAAUCACCAUUACUCUUUUCUGGGUUGAAAAAUUUAAUAAUCUAUUUUUUGCCGCCCGUACGAAUGAGUUCUAGGAAAGCUGACAUUAAAAUUUAUGUUGUCUUAUUGUAUUAUUUAUAUGAUUUUUCAAAUGAUACAUUCACUACUUCGUUAGUCGUAGACUUCUUCAUUAGUCGACUAUGGCUCAAAAAUAGCGAACUAAUUUCUAUUUUCCUCGAAUAAUAUAUUAGGUAUUUCUUUUUUAUAGAACUUUAUUUAUUUUAUUAUUAUCUUGACAAUGAUUUUUUAUGUAUGAACUGUAUUGAUUUAUUUUUUUCGAGUCUCAUACAAAUCACUCACUAUUAUAAGGUAGUCAAUAAUCAUUGUAAAACUGUCUUGAGCGACUUGUCGGCAGUAUGCCACAGGGCCAUAUUCUGGGUCCAAAACAAUUUCAUAGUUACAUUAAUUAUGAUCUCUUAGGGUUUUUAAUUAAUAACUUAAUAUUACUAAUAAUUAUUAUUAUCAUAAUAAUGAAUGCGUGUUUCCAAUCUGUACAUAUCUUAGAGAGAAUGUGGUUUAAUAAUUGUUAUAAUCGCGAAGUAUAUUUGUCAUUUUCUUUUUAAAAAAAUGUGAACGAUUUUAUCGUAGAUAAUUUAAUACUAGACUUGUAAGACGUGUUUCACAAUUUUAAUGUAAAAAGCCUUGAUAUUUUUUUUAUAUUUACCAUUUCAUGAUAUUGAGGUUAAAAGUUCUUUAAUGGUCAUGAAAUACUUUGAUGUACAUUAAUUAUAAUCUCAUAGUUACUCGAUUGAAAUUAUGACACCAUUGAAGAAUUUAAAAGAAAUGAAAUGAAUGUCUUUGCUAGGUUAUGUAAGUAAUUUAUGUAUAACGGUCUGUUCAGACAUAUCAUGGGGGCCAGAAUGAGCUUACUAUGAUUUUGGAGACCUCCGUGGCGCAUGUAUGCGCGGUGGAUUUACAAGACGGAGGUCCUGGGUUCGAUUCCCGACUAGGUCGAUUGAGGUUUUCUUAAUUGGUCUGGCUGGUGGGAGGCUUCGGCUAUGGCUAGUUACCACCCUACCGGUAGAGACAUACCGCCAAGCGAUUUAGCGUUCCGGUACGAUGCCGUGUACAAACCGAAAGGGGUGUGGAUUUUCAUCCUCCUAACAAGUUAGCCCGCUUCCAUCUUAGAUGGCAUAAUCACUUACCUUCAGGUGAGAAUGUAGUCAAGGGCUAACUUGUAAGGAAUUAAAAAAAUAUAUAUUCGCUGAUACAAUAUACCCAACUAAUAUCUGUUAUUAAAUGAAACUUAAAUGGGCCGGGGGGUAGCGAUGACCCGUCCUUCCCCCGUCGACCGCAUAUCAUGUGAGUGUCAUCAACGAAUUAGAAAACUUGCCAAAUCAGGAUAUUUUUAGUCUAGCAGCCUGCUACUCGACCGAGAGCCUUUUAAUUGUUAGACCUUCGUAAUUUUAUAAAAGUUGUUUGUAAAAAAUAUGUGUUUAUUAAAAAAAUAUUUAAUGAAAACAUUGCGAUUUUCCAAAGUGUCCCUCGAUUUCUCCAGGAUCGCAUCAUCAGAUCCUGACAUGAUUACUAUGGGACCACCUGGAAAACAUUUAAUAAAAAAAUCCAAACCGGUCCAGGCGUCUUCGAGUAAUCGGUGAACAUACAUAAAAAAUAAAUUAAAUUUUUAAAAAAUCUGACGAAUUGAGGACCUCCUCCUUUUUUUCAAGUCGGUGAAAAAGACGAUGUAUAUGAAAUAAAGACGUCUCUAUGGUAUGACCCUGAUAUGACUGGGGAGACCCAUAAGGUGCCAUGAAAUUGUACCAAAAAUACCUGUUUUUGUCUAUUUUACCUUCGAAGUUCCUCUCUGUCUCAACACGAAAUAUCUUGUGAUCUUAUUUGUAAGUUCAAAAGUGUAACAUAAAGUACAAAAUAAAAAUAUUUUGCACCAA